UGCCAUAGCACGUGCACUCCAUUCCUUCUUCACCCUCAUCAUUCAUACGCAAUCCUUAUUCCACCGUCUCUCACACACCCACCACCAUGUCUCUUCUUCUCCGAUCACUCCCCCUCAUAACUCUCCGCUCAAAACCCUCACUCCCACUCCUCAACACUCUCCUCCACCACCGUUUCCCACCUCCAAUUUCCAUAACCACCGCAAAUUUCUCAUCCACUUCCGCCUCUACUUCCUCCACUGAUACCAUCCACAAAUCACCACCGCCGCCACAAAACCAACAACCACCAGUACCCUUUAAAGAAUCUCUCAAUUGGGUAUCCCGAACUGGGCUAUGCGGAGAAUUAUCCUUAAAUGAUGUGGGUAAACGGGUCCUUCUUUGUGGGUGGGUUGCUCUGCAUAGAGUCCACGGUGGUCUCACUUUUCUUAAUCUCAGAGACCAUACUGGAAUUGUUCAGGUUACUACACUUCCUGAUGAGUUUCCUGAUGCUCAUUCGAUUAUAAAUGAUUUGAGGUUGGAGUAUGUUGUAGCUGUUGAAGGUGUUGUUCGGUCUCGGCCCGGUGAGUCUGUUAAUAAGAAGAUGAAAACUGGAUUGAUUGAGGUUGCGGCGGAGAAUGUUCAAGUUUUGAAUUCAGUGAAAAGUAAGUUACCGUUUUUAGUUACCACUGCGGAUGAUGCUAAGGAUUCUGUCAAAGAGGAGAUUCGUUUAAGAUUUCGAUGCCUUGAUUUACGGCGGCAGCAAAUGACAUCUAACAUAAUGUUGCGGCACAAAGUAGUGAAAUUGAUUCGAAGAUAUCUAGAGGAUGUGCAUAGUUUUGUGGAGAUUGAGACUCCAAUACUUUCUAGAUCUACUCCAGAAGGUGCUCGUGAUUAUUUGGUGCCCUCGAGAGUUCAGCCAGGAACAUUCUAUGCUUUGCCCCAAAGUCCUCAGCUCUUUAAGCAGAUGUUGAUGGUCUCUGGUUUUGACAAGUAUUACCAAAUUGCAAGAUGCUUUAGAGAUGAAGAUCUGAGGGCUGACAGACAACCUGAGUUCACUCAGCUAGAUAUGGAACUCGCAUUUACUCCCUUAGAGGACAUGCUGAAGCUCAAUGAAGAUUUGAUUCGAAUGGUUUUUCUGGAGAUUAAAGGUGUACAGUUGCCCAACCCUUUUCCUAGGCUUACUUACGCCGAAGCAAUGAGUCGUUAUGGUUCAGACAGACCAGAUACAAGAUUUGAUCUGGAGUUAAAAGAUGUGUCUGAUAUUUUUGCAGGCUCGUCCUUCAGGGUAUUCGUGGAUACCUUGCAAAAUGGGGGCAUAAUCAAAGUGUUAUGUGUGCCUUCAGGUGCUAAAAGCUACUCAAACACAGCUCUUAAGAAAGGUGAUAUAUACAAUCAAGCAAUUAAAUCUGGAGCAAAGGGAUUGCCAUUUCUCAAGGUCUUGGAUGAUGGGGAGGUUGAGGGAAUUCCCGCUCUAGUGUCGAGUUUGGACCCAGUCAAUAAAGAACAGUUGCUGAGACUAUGCUCUGCUGGAGCAGGCGACCUUAUUUUGUUUGCAGUUGGUCAUUUUGCAUCAGUGAAUAAAACUCUGGAUCGGCUUAGGAUGUCUAUAGCUAAUGAGAUGGGCUUGAUUGACCAUUCCAGAAAUUCAAUAUUAUGGGUGACUGAUUUCCCGAUGUUUGAGUGGAAUGAUAUGGAGCAGAGACUCGAGGCGUUACAUCAUCCAUUUACAGCACCCAAUCCCGAAGACAUGGAAAACCUUUCUUCCGCUCGAGCCCUUGCUUAUGACAUGGUUUACAAUGGGGUUGAGAUUGGUGGAGGAAGUUUGAGAAUAUAUAAACGCGAAGUUCAACAAAAGGUAUUAGAAAUUGUCGGUAUCUCCCCUGAGCAGGCGGAAGCAAAGUUCGGAUAUCUUUUAGAGGCCUUAGACAUAGGUGCUCCUCCACAUGGGGGGAUUGCUUAUGGGCUCGAUAGAUUGGUUAUGUUGUUGGCCGAUGCUAAUUCCAUCAGAGAUGUCAUAGCUUUCCCGAAAACGACAACUGCACAAUGUGCCCUUACUCGGUCCCCAUCAGAGGUAGAUCCUCAACAGCUAAAAGAUCUAUAUCUGAAUACCCAAUAAGACGGUAUGCUCAUUAACAUGAUCGACUUUAUAGCAAAUACUGAAUCCGAAUGUACCCAAUCCAGUUUUGGUUUCUGAGGGGGUUACUGUACUAUAUUGUGGAAUAGUUUAGCAUUUACGGAAUAUAUUUUUAACAUUAUUGUUUAUUUCUUAAAGUCGUCUCAAUUGGACGAUUCUUUUUUAAUAUUUCAAUAAAUUAUUGAA